GGGUGGAGCACACCCCUCUCGCUUGUCCUGCGGGAGUGCGGGGUGCUCCAGCUGCUACAGGCGAAUCAGGAAUGGGUCUGUGUCUUUGUGAUGAUGUAUGUUUGGGGGUGGAGAUGAAAGCGGAGCUAUCGCUUUAAAAAAUCUUCCUGUAGAGAAGAAGAAGUUAAUGCAGGAAAAAAAGGGGCUAUAAAGCCUGGAAGUGAAGCUGCGCUUGCACAGUGUUUCCAGAACACAACUGGAGAAGGACGACAGUCGGGAGUAUUAUUAUUAAUAUUAUUAUACUUUACAAUGCAGACCGAGGCCUUGGUACGAAUACUGUCUGGGAUCUGGAUCUCAGUUUUGCUCCUUGAAGUUAACUGUACCCAACAGAAUCCAAUCCCCGAAGAAAAUCUUUUAGUUUUGACUGUGGCCACCAAAGAGACAGAUGGAUUCACACGUUUCAUGAGAUCAGCCAAACUCUUCAACUAUACCGUUAAGGUGCUGGGCAGAGGGGAGAAAUGGAGAGGAGGGAACUACAAGACUGCUUCAGGGGGUGGUCAGAAAAUCCGUCUCCUGAAGUCUGCACUGGAGAAGUACGAGAAGGAAGAUCAAGUGAUCUUGUUCAUUGACAGCUACGACGUGGUCUUCGCAUCAGGUCCCAAAGAGCUGCUGAAAAAGUUCCAGCAAGCCAGCCACAGGGUGGUCUUCUCUGCAGAGAGCCUCGUAUGGCCAGAUCGGUACCUGGAGGACAAGUACCCCCACGUCCGGGAGGGCCAGAGAUUCCUCAGCUCAGGAGGUUUCAUGGGCUAUGCACCCAGCCUGAAGAAGAUGGUUGCAGAUUGGAAUGGAAAAGACGAUGAAAGCGACCAGCUGUUUUUCACACAGCUUUACCUAAAUCCAGAGAAAAGGGAAAAGAUCAAUAUUACUUUGGAUAAUAAGUGCAGAAUAUUUCAGAAUCUCUAUGGAUCUUUAGAUGACGUUGUGCUGAAGUUUGAGGACGGGCGGGUCCGUGCUAGGAAUGUGGUUUAUGACACUUUACCAGUUAUAGUUCAUGGCAACGGAGCUAACAAGCUGCAGCUAAACUACCUGGGCAACUACAUCCCCAAAGUGUGGACGUUUGAAACGGGCUGCACUGAGUGUGAUGAGGACUUAAGGAGUCUGUCGGCUCUCAAGGAGAGCGAGUACCCCUUGGUGUUGAUUGGAGUUUUCAUCCAUCAGCCCACUCCGUUCGUCGCUGUGUUUUUUGAGCGUCUGCUCAACCUCAAGUACCCCAAGGACCGGCUUCAGCUCUUCAUUUACAACCACGAGUCCCAUCACGAGCGCAACGUCAAGUUGUUCGUUGAGGCUCACGGGAGCGAGUAUCGAGCUGUGAAAGUGAUCGGACUGGAGGAGGGGCUGGACAACGCAGGGUCGAGGAAUCUGGGAUUGGAUCUGUGCCGGCAGGACGCAGAAUGCGAUUAUUACUUCAGCGUGGAUGUGGAGGUCGUCUUGAAAAAUGCUGACAUGCUCAAAAUCCUCAUUGAACAAAACAGGUCCAUAACUGCCCCCAUGAUCAGUCGCAAUGGAAAGCUGUGGUCCAAUUUCUGGGGGGCCCUGAGUGCUGACGGGUUCUACGCCAGGUCCGAGGAUUACGUGGACAUCGUUCAGGGGAGGAGGGUUGGUAUCUGGAAUGUUCCCUACAUUUCCAGUGUCUACCUGAUUAAAGGCAGCGUCCUGAGGACUGAACUGACAGAUAAAGAUCUGUUCCACUCUCUCACACUAGACCCUGACAUGGCCUUCUGCAGCAAUGUCCGGGAACAGGGAGUGUUCAUGUUUGUUUCCAACAGGCAUGAAUUCGGACGCAUUCUCUCCACUGAAAACUGUGUGACGACUCACCUGCACAAUGAUCUGUGGCAGAUCUUUGAAAACCCACAGGAUUGGGAAGAACGAUACAUCCAUUCAAACUACACCCGAAUCAUGAAAGACAAAUUAAUAGAAACGCCAUGCCCUGAUGUCUACUGGUUUCCUAUUUUCACUGAAACCGGCUGUGAUCAUCUGGUUGAGGAAAUGGAACAUUUUGGACAGUGGUCUGGAGGCGGCAAUGAGGACUCUAGAAUUCAAGGGGGCUAUGAGAACGUUCCGACCAUAGACAUUCACAUGAAUCAGGUGGAGCUUGAGAAGCAGUGGCAAAAGUUCUUGCUUGAAUACAUUGCACCAAUUACAGAGAAAAUGUACCCCGGAUACUACACCAAGGCUCAAUUUGAUCUGGCCUUUGUAGUUAGGUAUAAACCCGAUGAACAGCCACUAUUAAGGCCUCAUCACGAUGCGUCCACUUUUACUGUAAAUAUUGCACUGAACACCGUUGGGAUUGACUAUCAGGGAGGGGGCUGCCGUUUCAUCAGGUAUAACUGCUCUAUCCAGGCUCCUCGAAAAGGGUGGGCGCUCAUGCACCCAGGACGCCUAACCCACUACCACGAGGGCCUCCCCACAACCGCGGGCACACGAUACAUCGCGGUGUCGUUCGUCGACCCUUAAGAGAACCAGCGGCGUUUUUGAAGUGGCAAAAUUUAGGGACUGUUGGAAACUGAACUGACUGAAUUUUUAAAGCCCAACGCAGGAAGCUGUACCAAAGAAAUCCCUUCUGAUAUGCAUGCAUAUGAACAGAGUGUUUGAGGGUGUUAUUCCCAAUUGAAGCUUUACGUCUUUGUCUUAUUACAUACAUACGUGCAAGGAGCAGUUGUUUCUUAUGCUUACCAUUGCAGGAAUGUUAUACACACUGAUUGUCCUAAUGGAAAUACUGUACUGUUAAAUCAUGUCACUUAUUUUUUACAAUUGCAGUAGAUUUGUUUUCAGUGACCAGUAGUCCAAACGGCAACAGAUUUUGAUAGUAGUAAUAUUGAUGUCUUAAUGUAACCCUGGCAAAACUGGAUAGAACAAUUUUAACACAUGUUAGGAAUCCACAUCUUCCACUGUGGAUGUAUUAAAGUUUUAUGUAAUUGCUGAUGCAAACUUAGUUGAAUUAAAAAACAAAUAAGAAUUUACUGGACCUACAUAUUUUCUAAAUUGUGAAUACUACAUUAUUUGUAAUUUGAAGCUGUUUCUUUAUUUUGGGUGGUAGGGGUACAGUACAGUAUUUCCAGGCUUUCUGCACAUUAUCAAAUGGGCCCGUUCUGUCACAAAAGACCCUGGUGAAGGGGCACCAUUUGUAUCUCCUGGCAUGCCUUGUUUUAUUCUCAGUACCAGUGGAUGAAUGAAUGAAUGAAUGAUAUACUAGAAGAUAAAAGAAGCCUUGGGUAUUAACAUUGAUUUUCUAGACAGUCAAAUGGAAAUCAAACAAACCCAAAUCUUUGCCGUUAUUUGGUCAUAAAGUACACAGAUUCAGUCAAUAUGAUGAUGAGGCAGUUGUGUAAGUUUAUAACUCCUCUGUUGUGAAGAAUACAGUUGUUCGUUCACAUGGGCUGUAUCAAAGGGCAUCUAUGCAAUAGUUUUGUACAAAGGGACAAAACGAGAAUGGUACUGAAAGCAAUAGGCUAUUAAAACAGGCAAGAGGACCAAAUAAACGCAGUAGUGGAAUCGUUGGAGGUAUCUUUUUUAUAUGUGUGUGUGUGUUUUUUUUUUUUUUUUUUUUCCUAACUAAACACGUUGGGUGACUGUGUUACUAACAGGACACACUGCUAUGAUUUUAAAAGUGCGUUCAAUUGGGAUACACACCUGUUACACUGCAGUUUGUUUGACCUUGUUAUAAUAUUUAACUGUACUUGCUAUUCAGUAUCACAAAAAUGAACUGUUUGAAUGUAGCUGCAUUGGAAAUGUACUGUAGUUACAGUUAGUCUAAUAACUUGUAAUUAAACUGCUACACAGUCUGUCCCACACUGCAGGUAACUACGUGUAAUGCUGUGAUGGUCCUAUUUGUAUAAAAUUGCUAUAAAGUAUUUUUUGUUCAAA